CAGCUAGAAAUUACUCGAGCGGGGCAAAGGACCCGUGCUGGCGAGCCCACCUUUAUGGGGUCACCAACAGCGAUCUACGCUCAUGAUACCACUUCAUGAUGGCUGAAUGCAUGGGUCACUACAGUGGAUCAGCUAUGGGUAACCUGGAAUCAGGCGUCGUGAUGUCGAUCGGUAUCCUACUGGUGUUCCUAAUGCAUACAACGGUGAUAUACCGGACAUUACUGUGCUGCCACACUUGCACAUGGUGUGGCGUCAGGAGAGAGACGUUGGAGUGGGUGAGUAUAUAAGUACUAUCGGCUUCGACUUCAGUAAAAACAUCAUCCAGCUACAGAUCCACAUUCCUUAGUCCUUUACGACACUCGCUUUUUGCUCCAACUAUAUUACAUUCUUUAAAAGAACCCUAAUUCUCUCACGAUGCGUUUCAACGUCCCCGUCCUUCUUGCAGCCGCCGCUGUUGCGAACGCCGCAGUUAUUCCCCAGAUCCCCAAGGUUGAUGGUGUUGUCGGCGGCGCCACAUCUGGUGUCACUAACACUGUCAAGGGUGUAAACCCCAAGAUCAACGCCUCCAUCGGACGCCGUGUCGACGCAAAUGUUGGCGCCAAGGUCGCUGGUGUCGAUGCCUCCGUUGAGGCUUCCACUGACCCCAAGGUUGCCGCCUCUAUCGGACGCCGUGUCAACGCAAAGGUCGGCACCAAGUUCGGCUCAGCAGAUGCCUCUGUCGACACCAAGAAGAUCGGCGCGAACGUUGGUGCCCACAUCACCAGGCGCCAGGUCCCUGACGUUAAGCCCAUCGUUGGUGGUGCUACCUCCGGAGUCACUUCCACUGUCAACGACGUCAAGAACAUCGGUGCUUCCGCCGACGUCGAGGCUCUCAAUGACACCGUCGAGGUCGAGGUGAACAAGCGCCAGGAGCUCCCUGUUGCUGGUGACCUCGUCAACGGUGCUACCUCCAAGGUCACAUCCACUGUCGACGACGUCAAGAACAUCGAUGCUAAGGUCGAUGCUCUCGGUGCUUCCAUCGACGCAUCUAUCGGCAAGCGCCAGGACAUCCCCAUCGCUGGAGACGUUGCCGGCGGUGUUACUUCCAAGGUUGGCUCUACUCUCGCCGACGUCCAGAACCUGAACGUCAACGACAUCGCUGAGGGUGUCACCGCUCCCGUUGCCCCCGUCGUUGACGGUGUUGAGUCUGCUCUCAAGCCUGUCAUCGACGGUGUCGAGCAGGCUGUUGCACCUGUCACUGGCGCUGUCUCCGGUCUUGUUACCCCCAUUGUCAACGACGUCAAGGACAGCGCUCUCGGUACUGUCAACGGCGUUACCUCCAAGGUUGAGUCCACUGUUGGAUCCACCGUUGACGACGUCAAGAACACCACUGGUUCCGCUUCCGUUCUUGGUCAGUCCGCUGAUGCUGCUAUCGAGAAGCGCCAGGUUCCUGACGUCGCCCCCGUUGUUGGUGGUGCUACUGGUGCCGUUGAGCCUCUUGCCAACACUGCCGCUGGUGCCGUUAAGCCUGCUGUUGACACUGUCGAGGGUGUCGUCAAGGCUCCCGUCGACACCGUUAAGGGCGCUGUUGAGCCUGCUGUCAACACUGUCAAGGGUGCCGUCGAGCCCGUUGUCAACACUGUCACCGGUGUUGUCUCACCUGUUGUCGACAACGUCAAGGACGUAGCCGGAUCUACCGUCAAGACCGCCACUGACAAGGUCGGCUCCACCGUCGACGACGUCAAGAACAUUGACGCCUCCGUCGACGUCCUCGGCGCUAAGGUCGACGCCUCCCUAUAAAGGCGCUGCUAAGCUAUGACGGUCAUGCUUCGAGCGUUACGCAAUCUUCCAGCGUCCAUAGCGAGACGCAUUUGUACAUAUACCUUAAUCUGUAGUAACAUCUAAUCAGAAAUACCCCCCUGA